AUGGCGGCGGAGCAGAGAAAAUUGCUGGAACAGCUCAUGGGAGCUGACCAGCUCAUUGGGACUGGCGCUCAAGGUCGCAAUUCUCAGCUCUCCAUCACGGAUUCAAAAGUCUGCCGUUCCUACCUCGUCGGAACCUGCCCGCACGACCUCUUCACCAAUACCAAGCAAGACCUUGGACCUUGCCCCAAAGUACAUAGCGAGGGGUUGAAGACGGAGUACGAUACUGCGUCUUCUGCGGAUAAGGCGAAAUGGGGCUUCGAAUUCGACUACAUGCGGGAUAUGCAGAAGUACAUUGACGAUUGUGACCGGCGAAUCGACACUGCGCAGCGCCGGUUGGAGAAGACCCCGGAUGAGAUCCGGCAAACCAACAACCUGCUCAAGCAAAUAGCCGACCUCAACAACACGAUCAACACCGGCCUACUUGAGGUCUCCGUCCUCGGCGAAACGGGCUCCGUCGCAACAGCUUUGAACGAGAUGCACAAGAUCCGCACCGCGAAACACCAGAAGGAAAAUGCCGAGCGUGACUUGAAGAACCUCCAAGAUACCUCCGGUCCGUCCGGCCACCAGAAGCUGCAGGUCUGCGACGUUUGCGGGGCCUACCUCAGUCGACUUGAUAACGACCGACGAUUGGCGGAUCACUUCUUCGGAAAGAUGCACAUGGGGUACUCGGACAUGCGCAAGGGCUUCAAGAAGCUUAGCGCCGAGUUGAAGGGCCGCGCACCACCCGUUCGUCACCAUGAGGAAGAAGAUCCAUAUGCGGCGGGCGGCCGCCAGAGCGGGCGCGGCCCGCGCUAUGGCGGCGGUGGUGGUGGAGGAGGUUAUCGCCGUCGGGGUGGAAGGUGGUAG